AUGGACAAUGAAUUUUUGUAUGUUCAUAGCUGUGACCUCGAGGGGAAUGUACAGUUACGAAUUGGUUCUUUAGAAGGGAGUACAUCACUUUUAGAUAAAUCCUAUCGUGUUGUGGGUGGUAAUUUCUUCAUCACCGCUUCGGUUUAUUGCAAUAAACGACGAGUGGGUGUACCCGUUUCGACAUCAUACAAAUCUCCACCAAGUCAUGUUCGUACAACGCUUCAUUCCUGGGAUGAAUGGAUUUUGUUACCUAUCAAAAUAAGUGAGCUGAGCCUUGAUUCAUUUAUCCAUGCAUGCUUGUGGGAUGUAUCAGAUAGCUUAGACGCACGAUUUAUAGCACAUUCAUCCGUUUCGUUGUUUAGCAAACGCGGAGUUCUUCGAACUGGUACUAUUGCGCUAAAAAUGGAAGUGGCUACAAAACCUGAUGAUUAUUUGAGGCCACCUUUACCAUCCAAGUUCACAAAACAAACAGGUGUCGAUCGCUUACAAAAGCGAACAAAAGAAUAUGGUGAGAGACUGAUCGAACAUGUUGAUUGGCUUGAUCGGCUUACAUUUCCACGUAUUGAACAAAUCAAGAAAGAACGUGAAGUCGAACAGCGUUGCUUAUAUUUGAUUGUUGAAAUGGCGCGAGUUGUUUUCGGGGACUCUAUAGUUUCUGUAGUUUAUUAUGAAGAUGAAGAAGAGUUAAAAACACGGAGUGUUUAUCCAUUAGUCGAUCCAGAGAUGGAUUUGGAAAAUGUUUGUGAGCUCAAGCAUCACAUGAUGACGCGUUCUUCACGUGCUGGUGCACUUGAACGUGAACUUAAACCAAAUGCUUCUGCACGUCAUUAUUUGGAAAGGAUAAUCCAGUUGCCACCAGCACAUGCUAUAAACUUUGAAGAGCGUGAUUUAAUAUGGAAAUUUCGAUAUUUUCUUCGGAGUAAUCGUAAAGCAUUAUUAAAAUUUGUUCGCUCAGUGGCUUGGAAUAAAAAUGAAGAAGCAGCUUAUGCUCUCAUCCUUGUAAAUGAAUGGUCGCCGCUGGAGGCCAGUGACGCCUUGGAACUUCUUUCGCCAACAUUUCGACACAUCGAAUUGCGUCGCUAUGCAGUAUCGCGUUUAUCACAUGCUAAGCCCGAGCAAAUUCUAUUAUAUUUGCCGCAACUCGUGCAGGCACUUAAAUAUGAGCAAUUCGUAAUGAAAGUUUUGGACGAAUUCGAGGAACAAAAAGAAAUCCGAAGGAAAAUUGAUGGUGCCAAAGGAGGAAAUAGUGAAUUGAUAAUGGAAAAUGGUCAGGAAACAUAUAGCCAGCAAACAGUUGAACAGGCUAUGCAAAAAUGCUUAACAGGCGAUGAUCUUACUUCAUUCUUGAUACGUUCUGCUUGCAGUAAUCCGUCGAUCACUUAUUACCUCUAUUGGUACCUCAAAGUUGAGAUAGAAGCAACAGCGCAAGUCAGUACGGUUAUGUCACGCAUGUAUAGCUACGUUUUGUCACUAUUAUUAUCAUCAUUACGAAGUGGUGGCAGUGAUCUGAGAAGGCGAGCUGCUUCGCUUGAUCAGCAAGAGAUUUUGAUUGAAAUCCUAGUGUCAAUGGCUAAGCUUGUAUCACAAGAAAGUGGCGGGCGAAGUCAAAAAGAAAAAGCUUUGCGGCGUUCAUUACGCGAGCAACAUGAUUUGCUUAAUCUUUGUGGUCUUCCAUUACCGCUAGAUCCAACGGUGCGUGUAAAUGCGCUAUUACCCGAUACGGCUACACUCUUCAACAGUAAUCUAAUGCCAAUGAAACUUACAUUCAGAACUGAAAAUAACGGAAAUUAUGUGACAAUUUUCAAACGAGGAGAUGAUUUAAGGCAAGAUCAGUUGAUUAUACAAAUGAUUCGUUUAAUGGAUGAUUUACUUCGUGCAGAUGGUCUUGAUUUACGUUUGACACCAUAUUCUGUUCUUGCCACAUCUACUUCUGAGGGAUUUGUUCAAUUUAUUAAAGCAAUUCCACUUCGUGAAGUGAUCUCGAAUUGGGGUACUGUGCAGGAGUGCCUUCGAUCAUUUCGUCCUUCCCCUAAUGGACCGUUUGGAAUUGAAACGGAAGUUGUUGAAAAUUAUGUACGUUCUUGUGCUGGCUAUUCGAUUAUUUGCUAUGUGUUAGGAAUUGGUGACCGACAUUUGCACAAUCUUUUGCUCUGUGAAAAUGGAAAAAUGUUCCAUGUUGAUUUUGGUUAUAUACUUGGAAGAGAUCCAAAACCCUUUGCUCCACCACCAAUGAAAUUGACUAGUGAAAUGAUUAGUGGUAUGGGCGGUUUGCACAGUAAGGAAUGGAAAGAAUUUCGCGGAUUUUGUUUCUCGGCAUUUCGCAUUCUGCGACGGCAUGCUAAUGUUGUUCUAAACUUAUUUUCACUUAUGUUGGAUUCCGGUAUACCGGAUAUUGCAGUUGAAAAGGAAAAAGCGGUGCAGAAAAUUGAACAUAGAUUCCAUCUGACACUGAGUGAUGAAUUGGCUGAGCAGAAAAUUGAACAUUUAAUUGAUGAAUCAGUGAAUGCAAAAAUGACGAAACUUACGGACAUGGUGCAUGAUGUUCAUCAGUUGAUUACUAAUUAG